CUAGUGAUCAGUCACAGACUGAACUGCCGAACACUCCAACCUGAUGCUUUUUGACACUCCCCAUUCCGCCCAACAUCAACCCUCAGAUGGAUGAAACCUUUGCCACCAGCUUUGGAAUUAUUUCAGGUCCCAGCAACAAUGUUACACUGCAUCUUUUCCAUUCACCUAACAUACUGGCCCGGUCGACUUUGUUGAAUGUGCGCUUCACCUGUGUCCCAUCUGCAAAUAUGAGCUUAGUUCGUACAUUCCAGCAGCUGGCCCUGGCUCAAAGGGCCACCGGUUUGCGGCCCAUGCGCCUGCGGACGGCCACUCCGACUACAUGGGCGUGCGCCGCCUGCAAUCAGCGCGCCUUCACUUCUACACCUGCUCGCCAGGUCACUCUGCAGCAAUGUCUUCGAGGGGCACGGAAGGCGCACAGGCCGCGCGUUAAUCGCGUUCCGGCGCUGGAGGGAAGACCGUUCGUCAAAGGUGUUUGUUCCAAGAUCUUUACCACCAAGCCAAAGAAACCGAAUUCGGCGAUUCGUAAAGUUGCAAGAGUCAAGCUGUCCAACGGACGCACUGUCACAGCAUACAUUCCUGGCGAGGGUCACAACCUGCAAGAGCAUAGUGUCGUCCUAAUGAGAGGAGGCAGAGUACAAGACGUACCAGGUGUGAGGUACCACCUCGUGCGAGGCGCGCUCGACUUCGGCGGCGUCGCGAACAGGACCACGUCGCGAUCAAAGUACGGAACCAAAAAGCCCAAAUCCGGGCCAUAGCUGGUCAAGUUCACCCUUGAUAUGUGAUUGGCUCAAUGUGGCAAAUCUUCACGAGAGGUAGACCUGCAUUUUGGUCACGUCAACGAGUGUUCUUGCUGCCAAAAUAAUACAUCAUAGGUCACGACAGGGACGUGUAAGGUGUGAUCCCUUUGUUGCGUAACUUGUAUUCCCGCGGCCCGUCAUCUUUGCACAGGCGCUCAAUCUCCCAAGAGAUUGCCUUGACCC